UGUAAUUAAACAUCAAUUUCAAAGUACUUAUUUAAAUGAGGUUAUAACGAUUUUUGUAACUGCAAUUUGUUACAUUUCUAUUUAACUUCUUCCAUUGCAAUGAGAAGUCAUACUCGAAGACGACGUGCUUCUAAAGCUCGAGCACUUUGUACUGCAAACGCUGAAGAAUUCUGCAGAAAUACAACACUUCAUGGACUUAAAUACAUUGUGGAGAAGGACUUGAGCACUUUGGAAAGAAUUUUCUUCUUCUUUUCAUUCGUUUUUGUGGUUUUAACAGCGGCUUAUUUUAUAUCAAAUGUCUAUUCAAAAUGGAAAAAUACUCCAGUUAUUGUUGGUUUAAAUGCUGUUCCAACUUUCAUUACAAAAUCACCAUUUCCAGCAGUAACAAUUUGUAAUUUAAAUCAAGCUUUGAAGACUAAAGCACAAAAAUUUAAAAAUGAUAGCCUUGAACAUUCCAUGUUGCAACUUCUUUGCAAUCGCGAAGUUUCCUCAAAAUAUGCUGAUGCGGUCACAGAUUGGACAAUUCUUGAGGAUUUUAUUGAGCAAGUCUCUCAACCUUGUGGCGAAAUGCUGCUGGAAUGUCGAUUUGGUGGAAUAGAUUACAACUGCGAUGAUAUUUUUCAGCCAAUUUUGACAGACGAAGGACUCUGUUGUUCAUUUAAUACUGUUCAUCCAGCUUUUAUGUAUUUUCAACAUGACAAUAUGAGUCAUAAUGAUUUCUCAAACACUGAUGGUACCGUUCCCGUUGAUUGGGAUCCCGAAAAAGGAUACCCAAAAUUGAUGCCUAGGAAAUUUUUUCCCCGUGUUGCUACUGGAACAGGUGAGUCUCUUGGGCUCACGAUAAUUCUAAAUGCUGAUUUGGAGGAGUAUUAUUGUUCAUCUGCGAGUGGACCUGGUUUUAAGAUUUCCCUUCACAGUCCAACAGAAACUCCACAGCUUCGAGAAACUGGCCUGCUUCUCCAAGCUGGCUUUGAAACGAAAAUGCGCAUUAUGCCAGUCAAAUCGGAAGCUGGUACAGAAUUACGCUCGAUACGUAAAGAAUACCGUCAGUGUAUUUUUAAUGACGAAUCCAAAUUGAUCUACUAUCGAUUCUAUACAAAACGAAAUUGUGAAAUGGAAUGUGACGCUAAAUUGCUAGUUAAAAGUUGUAAUUGUGUAACUUUUUACAUGCCUAAACUCUUUCCUAAUGUUAGCAAAUGUGGAAUUAAAGAGAAGCCAUGCGUUGAAGGUGUUAUGAAACGGUCGUAUGUUCGAGAUGUACAAGAAAUGGAAUGUCAUGAUUAUUGUCUACCAAGUUGUUUUGAUUUGACAUUUUUACCGGAUUUUUUCUUAGCACCAAUAUCGCAUAAAGGAUUUUCUAUUAGACAACAAUUAAUACAAAAUAUGAGUAAUGAAUAUGCAUCGCAGAAUAUCGCAGUUGCACAUAUGUAUUUUAAGGAGAAUACAUUUAGGAGUAGUGUGAAGACGCAGUUCAUUGGGAUUACGGAUUUUUUAUCAAACACUGGUGGUUUAAUGGGUCUAUUUAUGGGCUUCAGCUUUAUUUCACUUGCCGAGCUAGUCUAUUUCGCCUUCAUACGACCACUUCGUCGAUUUCUCCAUCGUCAUCUACGCAAAACUUCUAUUCAAAGCAUAAAAAAAGAUGACCCUCAAACACGCCAACAACAACAACAACAACAGCAGCAAACAAGACUACAACUACUCGAUUACACUUCAAACAAAAGAAACUACAAUUAUAGAUCAAGAUUAGUUCAUCUACCAUCGACAACAAUGGCAACUAAUAAAAUAAUUCCCACCAACAAGCAAGACCAAGAACACCAACGGCUACAAAAUAUUGGCACAAUAUCACAAUCCUUGAGGAAGGAUUUUAAAUAAGCACCACCUCAUUCACAUGUU